AUGGGGACCGCGCCUCAGUUCCUCUGUGUUUCUGUCGGCCCAAGCGCGCACUGGUCAUACCCGUGCCCCGUGCGCACCGUGAGCACCGUGAGCCUCACUCCGUCAGAUCCACGCGAGGCACCGGUCAGACGGAGCUCGUGCUGUGCAUGCCCGAACAGCGUCGGGAAUGCGCAUCUGGACCACGAGGACUUUUACGCAUUCAGACUGUGGUUUUACCGGGUCCACCGCGUCCACCCCCUCACCCCCGGGACUGAGGAGAACUCUGCAGUGGAUAUACGCACGGGAUGGCCAGGACCAACACGGGUCUCUUGA